CCGCAGGAGGGCCCGGACGCGGCCCUGGGUCCACUCUCCAUGCUGCGCUGGCUGAUCGGCGGCGGCCGGGAGCCGCAGGGCUUGGCCGAGAAAUCCUCUGUACAGACAAUUGGUGAAGAGCAAAUACAGAAUCCUUACACGGAGCUCCUUGUGUUGAAAGGUCAUCAAGAUAUAGUACGAUUUCUAGUGCAAAUAGAUGAUUUCAGGUUUGCAUCUGCAGGAGAUGAUGGAAUCAUAUUUCUGUGGAAUGCUCAGACUGGAGAAAAACUUCAUGAACUUCAUGGCCACACACACAAAAUUACAGCUAUAGCACCGUUUUCUUCAUCAGAUGUUGCUGAAGAAAAAACUAACUUGAUUAUAACAGCAUCAGCUGAUAGAACAGUUAUUGUUUGGGACUGCACUAGUGGCAGACAGGUUCAAAAAGUGUCAUGUUUCCAGUCCACUGUAAAGUGUUUGACAGUUCUUCAAAGACUGAAUGUAUGGUUGUCUGGAGGGAGUGAUCUAUGUGUUUGGAACCAAAAAUUAGAUCUCUUGUGUAAGACCAGUCAUCUUACUGAUGCAGGCAUCAGUGCUUUGGUUGAAUUGCCCAAAAAUUGUGUUGCAGCAGCAGUUGGCAAAGAGCUAAUUAUUUUUAGGCUGAGUGCUUCUAACAAUGGGUAUGAAGGUUGGAAUAUUCUUGAAGUAAAGCGCCUUGUUGACCAUCAGGAUAACAUUUCAUCAUUAGUCAGUGUUAAUGAUUUGACUUUUGUGACAGGUUCUCAUAUAGGUGAGUUAAUAGUUUGGGAUUCGCUUGACUGGACAAAGCAGGCAUCUGAGUGCAACUUCUGGGACUCUGUCCAUCCAGAUGUACAACCAGAAAUAAAGUUAUCCCAAAGCCCACAUGAAACUUCAGUUCAACACUUAACAUCUGAUGAGGAGUGUGUGUUUGCUGCUGUUGGGAAAGGCAUAUACGUAUAUAAUCUUCAAAUGAAGCGUGUGAUUGCCUGCCAGAGAACUGCUCAUGACUCCUCUGUGCUGCACAUUGAGAAGCUUCCAAACAGGCAGCUGAUCUCCUGUUCAGAAGAUGGCAGUGUGCGCAUUUGGGAACUCAGAGAAAAGCAGCAGCUGCCAGCUGAACCAGUUCCGACAGGGUUUUUCAACAUGUGGGGAUUUGGAAGGACAAACAAGCAGGCAAACCAAGCUGCUAAGAAGAUGCAGGAGAAUACACCUGUGUAUUUCUUGGAGCUGGUUGGUGAUUUGAUUGGUCAUUCAUCAGCUGUGCAGAUGUUCCUGUACUUUGGUGAACUGGGAUUGGCUACAUGCUCUGCUGACCACCUCAUUAUUUUGUGGAAGGAUGGUGAACGAGAAUCUAGCCUCCGCAGUUUAACACUAUUUAAAAAAUUGGCACAAAAUGGUGAUUUGCAGCUCAAACUUUAAAUUGUUUGAAUACAGGCUGUAUAUAUGUAAACUGGAUGUGUUUUAAAUAUGAGUGUAAAGAAUCUGGGAGUCUGACUUCUAGUAGGGCUUACACUUAAUGUCAUGUGUUAUAUUGGGACUUCUCUUAGUUGCUACUCUUAUCAAAGGGGGAUGUUGCAUUUUGUUACGCUUUGUCAGCAGAAAUGGUGUUCUCUUGAAAGACUGAAGGUAAUGAUGACUCAUUAAAUAGUUUCUAAUAUUAUUCCAAAUGUUUAAAAUUAUCAUGGGUGAAUGUCAAAAUUAAGACUUGUGAAAUACAGUAGAUGGAUCAUAAUUAAAGCAGUUGAGGGCAUCCACAAUGCUAUAUGCAGGAAGAAGGCACAGGAAGAAAUCUGCAGCUUUCUGUUCUAAUUUAUUUCUAGAAGCUAAACUUUCCUCAUUGAUGGCUCAGAUUUGUGUGUAUACAGAAAGCCCUGAAAGAAAGCAUUCUCAAAUAGAAAUUUUGCACUUUUGGUUAAUAUCCCGCACCAAUGGUAAGAAAAAUAAAAAAAAAGGUAGGUAAUGCCAGUUUCUCAGGUUCUAAUUUUUGGCAAACUGAGGUACACAGAAACUGUUUACUAGUAGUAGCUGCAGUUUUACUUGGAUUAGCCUUUGUUACUGGACUUCAUACAGCAUUACCAUUACACCAUUACCAAGUUUAGCAUGCAGUGUGAGUAGUUUAGCUUAGUAUUUCCAUAGUUCUUUCAUCAAAUUAAAUUGUAUCUAAUAAAAAGCAUUUGCCUUACCAUGAAUUUUCAGAAUCCUUUCUUAAGCAGUAGGAGUUGAUAUUUCAAUAGUAGUGAAACUGUGUUUUGCCAUAUGAAUACUAAAUUCUCAACUGAAGUCUGACUGCUGAGAAACCUGCACCAAGUUUGUAAGGUAAAUAGUAUUUCAAGGUUAAAAAAAUAAGUAGCUAAGUGCACAGAUACUAAGAGUCUGUGGUAACAGCAGCUAAACAGGAGUAGGGAAAGAAAUGCAAACUAAAACAAAGUUCAAACCACAGCAACAAAAACACAAAAGCAAAAAAAGAAUCAACACACAAACAAGUAAAUAAUCCCCUCUCCCCCCUCCCUGCCAACAACAACAAAAAAAACCCUGAAAAAUGAAACAGUUAAACCAGAACUGAUACAAAGACAGCAUGAGGGAGGACAAGAUAAUGAGUGGUACAUUACCAUUUGAACAGAGAAGAGCUAGGGAAAAGGGAAAGUUUGGGAACUUAGUGGUCAUAAAACUAUGUAGAAGAGGGUGCUACUAUCCUCAGGUCUACUCAGGAGAUACAGCACUUAAAUGGUGUGGGAAUAAGUCUUGUGCAACUUUUCAGUGCCAUGUCUUCCCUUUGAAUCAGUGAGAAUUGUUUUCAGUACAGGAAACUACAUGGCUGUAAUUCCAGACUUCAGAUACAGUGGUUGCAGUAAGUGUGAUUAAGACAAAGGGCUAAGCAGAUUCUCGCAAGAGCAAAAGGAGAAAGCUCCUAACUUCCUAGGAGAAACCAAAGAGGCUUUUAGACUUGCUACCCUCAGCAGCAGCGGGCACUUUCCUUUCUCCUACCACCCAGAAGCCUGCCUUUGAGUCUUGUUAUGAGACUGUAAUCUUCUCUGGAAUGCAGGGCAGAGGGGCAGCAAGAUUUUGAGUUGUAAUUUUUCUCUACCUUAGUCAGGUUGUACAGCUAAUCUUACUUGAGUAUAGACCUCAAAAUUACAUAUUUCAAAACCACAAAACAGAUGCAAGAAUUGUUAAAUUACCAUCUCCUUUCAAUUCAGGGAGGUUAAAUCCUGAAUUGUGUUAAAGUUUGAGCUGCAUGUUCUUUGCUAAGGCUGGCUAUUCUGUUGACUCAUGUAGGGAAGGCAUUUGGAUUACAGCUGAGGAUAACAUCCCUUUGUGUGUAUGGUAUUAAACUUGAGAGAGGAAAGCAUGUUAAGUUUACAUUGCUUCAGCUUGUCUUCUUCAGCAGAUGAUGCAUUUUUGGCUUACCCAGGAGAAGCUGGGGAGAUAAAAUGUCUCUUUGGAUCUUUUUCGUUGUUUUAAUUGCAAAAUAACUAUUUGGUUGUGUAUAGUGCUUGUGUGUACACACUGUUAUGACACCUUUGCAGUGAAAGCUUAUGAAACGGAGGUUUUUUGGAGAGCCUCCUGUUACCAUCAGUUAUAACUAGAGAGAAGGAAGGUCAUAUUUUGUUAUGUCUUCUUAUAGCAUGAGAACAGCUAUUUCCUUUUUAUUUGACUACCGUUAAGUGAAUACCUGGUAGAGAAACAGACCUUUUUAACUGUACAGUUCUGGUCACAAAAUUCGCUGUGCAUUUUACAGGGAUGUAAUUCAGCUUUAAAUAGUCCUAUGCAGGUAUAAAUAUUUAUUUUUAUCAAAAGUGCCAUUGUUCUCAGAUACACUCCAUUGGCAGUAGAUCUCCGAAGGGUCUCUUCUUUUAAAGAUGGUUGACUUAAAAGUACUGAGUUCUUUGUUUUACAGAUGAACUUUGAGUGUAACAAGAGAAUAAAUGAGAGUUUGUCACCUGCUGUUGGGAGCUGCAGAGAGCAGAAUUAUGCUGACCUGAUGAGACUUUUUACAUCUAACUGAUGCCCUAAAUAUUUUUCCAUCUUGCAGUAACACUGAACUCCACAUGUUCACAUCAUGGAAGUAAAUAUCUUUGUCAGACCUACUCUUAAUACUUCUACAACUCUGAGGUGACUGUUUUUACAUCUGUGCACUGACAGCAGCAUGAAACAAGCAGCUCUUAGUAAACUGGACUAGUCUAGGAGAUCUGACACAGCUGGCAGAUUAUAAGUAAUCUGUGCUGACUUUUUUUGCUAUUAAAGAGGACUGAUAUCCACACAAUUUUUUUCUUUUAUUUAUUUUUUAAAAUUUUUUUCUUUAAUCUGACUGUGGGAAGAAACACAAGAUCCUGCAACAAAUAUAUUGAUUCUGUAUUAAUGUCUUGGCCUCAGUUCUGGUUCACAAGUAGAACUUUAUUUUUUUGAUGCCUUCCACUGUUGACAUUUUGGUCUGUGUGACAGAAGUUUGACAAAAACUAUGUUUUACAUGGAUAUGGUCUUACAACAUUGCUAUAUUUAACAAAUCAAAUUAACAAAGCUUAAA